CCGGGAGUGUAUAUAUUUUACUGUAAAAACAUAUGUAUAAAAUUCUAUAAAGGCGUGAUCAUAAUUUUUAAAGACUUCUCUGGAUAUCUCCAUGGAUUCCAUCAUCUGAUCUUGAGUUACUGACCAUGGGAUGAGACUAUUUGGAAAGUAGACCCUUUCUAACAAAAGAAGAAAUUGUGAAUAAGUAAUAAAACAUUAUUUCUAUAUUUACAUAAAUAAUAUAUAAAUAUAUUUAUAAAUCCAGCUUUUGUCUGCUUCACUUAAAAAAUGAUUUUUUGAUCUAGGCGUCUUCGAGUAAUUAUUACGUCAUUAGAAGUAAAUAGCUUAAGUUCAAAUUCAUAAAUUUAAAGUUAAGGCUAUGUAUAUAUUAUAAACUUACAAAGGUAGAGACGAAACGUUCAAAGUAAUUACAUAUUAGUAUUUAAUAUGUUGAAAAAACCCUUUCAAUCCUUCGGAAUGGUACGAUCAGAUCAGGCUUUAUAAUUCAAAAAUCUUCACAUUGGGAACAUAAUUUUUAACUGCACUUACUUAUACAAGAAAAUUCAGAAAACGUAAAAGAACUAACGCGGUGAGGUUCAAAUUAUGCUUAUAUUUAAGAACAUAAGUCACAUACCGAAGUAAGAAAACGUCAAUUUAUUUCGUUACAAUUAACACGGCAAAACCAUGUCGAUCUUUUGGGGUUCAAAGGGCGUAGACUAAUUUUACAGUAAAGCCAUAAAAAUAUUUUUUUAACGUUGUUUUGAUGUAGGUACAUAUUAUUAUAUUUUUGUAGCUGUAUAUAUGAAUAUGUAUUUUUUUAUAUAUUAAAAAACAUAAAAGAUUCAUUGACAACACUGUACUGUUAAAUUGACAUUGGGAGUUUACCCUUUCGAGCUCCAAAGUAUUGAUGUAACGAACGAGUACGCGUAGCAAAGCUUUCGUGUCGUAUGCAGCAGGUUGCGUUGCGCGGGAGUGGAGUGGAUUGCCGUGCCGGCCGGUGCGGCUGCGUGCUCGACCACGAGCAUAGUACAAGCGCGUUGCUCCCAGCCGACGGUCGCAAACGCUAGAGAUACGCGAUCUCGUAUAAAAACAGCGCACGCCGAGGGUGCGAGCCCAUUUAUAGCCUCCUUCUAACCGUAGAAGCAUCUAUUAAAAAAACUAGUUUCUUUUUUAAAAGUGUCACAAUGUCAGCCGAUGUGGUUUUCAGACACAGUCAUGGAGACGAUGAAAAUAAUAACGAUGGUGUUCUCGUCGCGAAGGGUGUAUCUAUGGCGGUACUGUUUUGCGCCUCUAUGAUAUGUGGUAUCGCACCCCUGCUUAUAUCGAGGAGGUUCAACUGGGUCACCCCCGAGGAGGCGGGGACAUUGAAGUCCACCAAUAGAGUUGUGAUGACGCUGUUGUCCUUCGGCGGUGGCGUGCUUCUGUCUACGACCUUCAUGCAUCUGAUGCCCGAAAUACAGCACAACAUAGAAUGGCUCCAACAUUUCGAACUCAUGCGGGACUUCGACUUCUCCCUGACACCACUGCUAACAUGCUGCGGUUUCUUCAUCAUGUACCUGGUUGAGGAGCUGGUCCACAUGUACAUCCACUACAGAGAGAAGAAAAACGGGGUAGCUGCGCCGUUGGUCCGGAACCUCAGCGUCCGGAGAAGUCGCGCCGCACAUGAUGACAGCAACGGCGAGAAGAGUGUCACUAAUUCAACUGCGGACCUCAUCGAUGCUGACUCGAUAAAAAAAAGGGACCCGGAAAUAGAUCAACACGGCCACUCUCAUAGCCAUCACCACAGCCACAUGCCGGUACAACUUGGUGACGACGUUACGUCAGCUCUGCGCGGAUUACUCAUCGUCUUAGCCCUUUCUAUCCACGAACUGUUUGAAGGCCUCGCAGUUGGCUUGGAGGCCACCACCGCCAACGUUUGGUACAUGUUGGGCGCUGUAUCAGCACACAAACUGGUCAUCGCAUUCUGCAUAGGCGUCGAACUCAUCGCCACCAAGACUAAGACUUGGCUUGCCAUAGUGUACAUCACUACCUUCGCCGUCGUAUCGCCAAUUGGCAUUGGCAUUGGCAUUUUGUUAGUGGGCGGGGAAGGUGCCCAAGCGGCCGGAGUUUACUCGGUGGUCCUCCAGGGCCUGGCUUCAGGAACGCUGCUCUAUGUCAUCUUCUUCGAGAUAUGGAAGGGCGACAGGACCGGCAUCCUGCAGUUCGGCGCCGCGAUGAUAGGAUUCUUCUUCAUGUUCGGGUUGCAGUUGUUGACUCCUCACACCCACUCGCACAGUCACGGAGAUGAUGACCACGGGCAUAGUCAUAACGACGGCCACAGCCACGACCGCUGAGCAAAUGAGUGAAUUUUAUUGUUUAGUGACAGAUUUUUGUUCGCUGCGGAGGGAGGCAUACCAAGUUCUUAUCGAUCAUGUCUGUGUGUCCAAAUACCAACUAUUUCACUUCAAUAAUUACCUAUAUCUAGGUACUGUUUAAAAAAAACGUCCAGUACCAACCAGUAACCUGCUACUAUUCCUCGCAAUUAUUAGAGUUUUAUAGGCUAAACUGUACUCUCUGGACCCAAAAGAUGAUACUUUACACUAGGUUAGGUUUUUUUGUUAAAAAAAAUUUCAUUGACAGGAUUUAUUUUACGUUCAUUUCAGUUAUUGAUUUUAUUUUUAUCUUGAUCAAUGAUUUUUGUUUUAUUUUAGUAUGUCCAUUGUGUACAGGUAUAAAUGUGUUUAAAUGUAUGAUAGAAAAAUAAAAUGUGUGCGAGCCGAGCGAGCAAGGCGAGCAUGCUGCGGCAGCGCAUGGCUAAGCGCCAGAGAAAACUUUGAUAAUAUAUAAAAAAAAAAUUGUCAAGUAUAUCCUCUUGGGUCCAGAAAGUACAGUUUUACCAUUUUAUAAAGGAAAAUAUUUAUUAGGAUAAAUGACAAACAAAAUAGUAGGUACCAUAUUAGCGUUCGAGUAUUGUUGGGAAGGACCUUCUAAGAGAGGGAUGGACAACCAGACUUGAUCAAUACCAAAUAUGACGCAGAUUUUGAUGCAUGUUGACGCAUUUCACCACAGAGUUUACUUUCCCCGUGGGAUUAAAAUGGUACUGAUGUCCCGCUAAGGAGUAGAAAUCUAAUUGCCGAUAUAUACGAUAAUGAGUCGAUACGUUCGUAUCAAACAAAAAUCUUCCUAAAAACUAAAGCUUUCGUGCUAAAGUAUUUGUGAUAUAUUUAAGUAUUUUAGAAAUGGAGUUAAGAUUAUUGGAGUCUUUCAAUUUAUGCAUCUUUACAAUUUAAUUGUCAUUUUACGGUGCAAUUCAUUAGAUUAUAAUAAAAAAUGUUUUCUCGCAUUACAACAUUAAAAGAUGCCUAAAUGGAGUGACUCUGAUAUUUAAGUAAGCUUGUUAUUGGGAUAUUUGUAAAUAAUACAACUAAAAUUGUGUCAACUGACAGAUCCCUACUUUGCAUUUUACCUUUUAGUGAAAUAGUUUACUAUUAGGUACAAAAAUAUGUCAAUAUUUUUUGUAAGUUUUGUUAAAGGUACCUACUUAAUAAUAUUUAUCCAUAAUCUAGUCAGCAGUUAACAAAUCGGAAUGAAAAUAAGUAUGAUUGUCUUUUUAUUAACUAUCUUUUAGAUGAAAAAAGAAGGAUAAUGGCAGCGAUGCAAAAACAAUACUGGUAGUUACUCGUACUUAAAAGUAGUAUAGUUUAUAUAAAUAGCUAUCUUACAUUGUAAUUAGAUAAUAAAAAUGCAAGUAGUGGGGUCAAUAGAAGUUAAAUAUGAAGUUCUUUACCAAAAUCUUUAAAAAAAUGCAGGGGCGUCUUAACCAUAUGCGGCGCCCGGGUGCGAAAGCCAACAAUGCGACCCCUUUUACAAAAAAAUUGACAAAUAUUUUUUUCAUUUUAUAGAAUGCUACAAAAAUAUAGAAGAAAUAAAUCACAUAAAUAAGCAAGCAUACGUAUGUAUGUUUAAGUGUAUGUAUUAUAGUUUGACCGAGUUGACUAGGAAAAUGUAAACAAUCAUUAAAACUGACUGUAUGUACUUAAAUCGUAAGUUUUAAUUUUGUUUUAAAACAUUUAUUUAAAAUAGUAUUUAUAAAAUUGUAAUUGGGUAGGGUAAGUAGGUAGGUAAGUACUCUCUACCACCAGAUUUAUUUAGAUGUAGAUAGCCUGGCCCGGCUGGCGCCUCCUAGGGUCAGGCGCGCGGCGCCCGGGUGCGGCCGUACCCAGCGCUCCUAUGGGUAAGACGCCCCUGAAAAAAUGAAGAAACUGGUUCAUGAAAUUUUUUAAUUAAUAAAUUAUUGUCCAUUAAAGGUAGUUGUAUAUUUUAAAAGAGUAAUACGAAAAGAGAAGAAGUAUUUGGAGAGGCCUAUGACUAAAAUGGGAUGUUGAUGAUGAAUACGAAAAGAGAGCCGUUUCGCCCUCAUUAUAAUAUGGUAUUUUGUAUGAAAUAACAAGUAAUAAUAAGGAUUUGUUAUUAUAUCUAUUGUUUAUACUAUGUUGAAGGGACUGUUAACUUUCUGUGAUAGUGAUGGAAAAGAAGCGGAAUAGAUUAAAGAGUUAUGGCAGAUUUACACAGGUUCAGUUACCGACUCCCAAAUCGGUCAGUACUGGCGUUUGAGAACAGACUCGCAAGAACGAACGACUACCGACAAAAUAUUAGUAUCGCCAUCGUCUUUGUGUUCUGUGCUUGGGGUACUCAUAACACGGAGAUAGUAGUCGUGACGUCGGCGCUGUAUCUUCUUUUCAAAUAAAUUUUCACAAUGCCAGUAUCGGGUCAGCACUCAAAUUUCUAGUCAUUAUCUGACCCCAUGUAAAUCUGACUUAAUCGUUAGAUACAAUGCUGUCUCGCACCACAUUUGUCUUAUCUUGUUACUUGGCGUCCGUUUAGCUGUAUGAUUAGAGAUACUUUUUUCAAUACCUAGUAAAGCUGCAAAACGCGUUGAUAUGAAAAUCUAAGUCGGUAAUUAACAUGCCUCUAUAUGUCCUUACACCAAUACAACCUUUAUAUUUUACAUUGGAAACAUCCUUCAUCCGUCUCUGGAAACGUUGUUUUGUAUUGGUAUCGAGAAAGGAAUUAGUUUUCCUUGCUCGUUUUUGCUCAGACAGGAGACUGAGACGGUCAGACAGGAGUGCUGUGAUAAAAAUAUUUUUUUAAAUUAUUUAUUGAUAUAUUGAUAAAAUACUUAGAACUGUGUAAAUAAAGUUAUCGAGCAAAUACAACAGAGUUGGGCAAUAUCUAACGAUUAAAUCUUUGGACUAGAAAUGCCAUUUUAUACAACUUUUCAGUACAAAUUUAUAGAUAAACUACUUACAAUUUGUGCGCAGGUAGGUAGGAUGUAGAUUUUGUAUUGAUAACUUUUAUGUUUAUUGUGUCAGUAGUUACAUAACUAACGAUUAGAUACAUUUAAAAAUCAUCGUUUUUUUAAUAAAAAAAGAAUAAAAGACGAAAACUACA